AUGGAGACCCAGACUGUGCAACGAGAGCUGGAAACCCUUCCAACUACCAAGAUGGCUCAGACCAACCCUAUGCCAGGGUCCUUGGGGCCAUGGAAGAUAACCAUCUACGACCAGGAAAACUUCCAGGGCAAGAGGAUGGAGUUUACCAGCUCCUGCCCAAAUGUCUCUGAGCGCAGUUUUGAUAAUGUCCGGUCCCUCAAGGUGGAAUGUGGCGCCUGGAUUGGUUAUGAGCAUACCAGUUUCUGUGGGCAACAGUUUAUCCUGGAGAGAGGAGAAUACCCUCGCUGGGAUGCCUGGAGUGGGAGUAAUGCUUACCACAUUGAGCGUCUCAUGUCCUUCCGUCCCAUCUGUUCAGCUAACCAUAAGGAGUCUAAGAUAACCAUCUUUGAAAAAGAAAACUUUAUUGGACGCCAGUGGGAGAUCUGUGAUGACUAUCCUUCCUUGCAAGCCAUGGGCUGGCUCAACAACGAAGUUGGUUCCAUGAAGAUACAAUGCGGGGCCUGGGUUUGUUACCAGUAUCCUGGAUAUCGUGGGUAUCAGUAUAUCUUGGAAUGUGACCAUCACGGAGGAGAUUAUAAACAUUGGAGAGAAUGGGGUUCUCAUGCCCAGACUUCCCAGAUCCAAUCGAUUCGCCGUAUCCAACAGUAG